AUGAGAACUCCUCUACCCCGAGAACCAACCACCGAAACACCAUCAGCCUCCUCGUCCGUCUCACUAUUUAAUCAGUCAAAUUUUAUGAUUAUUGGAAAACCGUUACCCAAUAGAGAAUCUGUUACCGGACUGAUUCGGUUACGGAGAAUACCCGUUCAGGUUUUUUACGAUUUCAGGGAUAUAAUUGUAUAUAAUGACAAAAAUAAACAUGAUAGUGGGGGUGAUGCCAAUGACAAUAACGGCGAGGGCAAUGAUUGUGAUGGUGGUGGUGGUGGUGCCAAUAAAGGGGUUUGGCGCUUGGGCUGCAAUAAAGGGGUGCAGUGGAUGGGUUGCAAAGUUAACAAUAAUGGCAAGGGCAACAACAACGGCGAUGAUGCCAGUUUUGUCAUUCCUUGGAAGCUAAUAUUAUCAAAACCACCUGUUUGGACUCUUAUAGUCUGCCACUUUUGCCACAAUUGGGGAACAUUUAUUCUAUUGACAUGGAUGCCAACAUACUACAAUCAGGUUUUGAAAUCCAACCUCACUGAAUCCGGGCUCCUUUGCGUCUUGCCAUGGUUGACAAUGGCUAUUUUUGCAAAUAUAGGAGGCUGGAUUGCAAAUGCACUUGUCAGCAAAGGUUUCUCUGUAACAACAGUUCGCAAGAUCAUGCAAUCAAUUGGGUUUUUGAGACCAGCCUUUUUCCUCACACUGAUGAGCCGUGUCAAGACACCUGUAAUGGGAGUACUAUGCAUAGCAUGCAGUCAGGGAUCUGAUGCAUUUUCACAAUCGGGUCUCUACUCCAACCACCAAGACAUUGGACCUCGCUAUGCUGGAGUAUUGCUGGGACUCUCAAACACAGCAGGAGUUCUUGCUGGUGUCUUCGGUACAGAUGCAACCGGCUACAUACUCCAACGAGGUUUUUGGGAUGAUGUAUUUAAGGUCUCAGUUGUAUUAUACAUCAUGGGCACAUUAAUCUGGAACUUAUUUUCAACGGGGGAGAAAAUUAUUGACUUGAGAAAUGCAGAACAAUCACAGCGGUUAAUACGACCAGUCCAGGUGGGUUCGUCAAAUCACUACUCAUUUUCAAAUUUGCUUUACAAUCACAGAAAUCAAGAAACACACCCUCUUCGGCAAUCGGCCUUCAAUGAAGAAAGGGAACAAGAACUGCACUCCGGCAAUCAGCCUUAAUGGAGCUGCACACAAUAACAACAAACAAAACUUUUCAAGAACUUUACUUCGGCUAUCGGCCUUUAAGGAGUAACACACAAUAUCUGAGACAGAACUUUUCACUCCGGCUAUCGGCCUUAUGGAGGAAACAAAUUGCAUUCAACACAAUAUCGAGUGCACAAAAUCGCAAACAAUAUUUAAUCAAAGAAUCUAUCUGUCACUUAGAAGAAAUGGCAAUCGGCCUUCAUAUUCUUCUAAAUCAGUAAAUGGCUAUCGACCUUGAUACAAGAAUUAACACAGAAUUCCUCACUGAGACAAUCAAACAAACAUUUGGAGUGCAUAAAGAAAGAUGAAACAUGAAUCUUCAGUUCUUGAUUGCAAAACGCACAGAGAAACACCAGAAAUCAUCGACCAUUACAUCCAGAGAAACACCAAAAAUCAUCGACCAUUCAAUCUAACACGGCGGAUGUAGUACCACCUAGGACCGAGACCCAUCUUGCUCUUGGAACCCGGCAAGAACGAAAUUUUGUAUGAAAUAACACUUGCACCUGAGCAUUUGUUGUUCUGUUGAGAGCCCACGUGAUGGAUUCUGAUCGAAUUUCCAAAACCCAGUUGGGAAUGAUCAAAACUUCAUCUCUCUGGAACCCCACUGAAGAACUUGACGGAAAAUUCAAGAAAUUUGAAGAGAAAAUCUAAUGAAAUGAAAACGAUGAAAAUGACAAAAUCUAAUGAAAAACGGAACCACCAGAAUCAUGGCGUGAGCCUGGUGGCUCUAAUACCAUGUUAACUACAUUGU